AUGGAGGGCAAUCAAUCAUGGAUUGCAGAAUUCAUCCUGGUAGGAUUCCAGCUCAGUGAAGACAUGGAAUUGGUCCUGUUUGGUAUCUUCUCCCUGUUAUAUACCUUCAACCUGCUGGCAAAUGGCAUGAUCUUGGGUCUCAUCUGCCUCGACCCUAGACUGCACACCCCCAUGUACUACUUCCUGUCUCAUCUGGCCAUCAUUGACAUAUCCUAUGCUUCUAGCAAUUUGCCCAAUUUGCUGGCAAAUCUAAUGAUUUUUAACUUGAUUUUUUCUUCUAUGGAGUGUUUGAUUUUGGUGGUGAUGUCCUAUGACAGGUUUGUGGCGAUCUGCCACCCCCUACAGUACAUGGUCAUCAUGAACUGGAGGGUGUGCACGUUCCUGGCCAUCGCUUGCUGGUCAUGUGGAUUGUGCCUGGCCAUAGUACAAGUAAGUCUGUUUCUAAGGCUGCCCUUCUGUGGGCCCCAGAAGGUGAACCAUUUCUUCUGUGAGAUUCAGUCUGUUCUCAAAGUGACCUGUGGUGACAUCUGGAUCAAUGAAAUGUUUCUCUUUGCUGAAGGUGUGUUUGUUUUAGUUGGGCCCCUUUCCUUGAUGCUGGUCUCCUACGUGCACAUCCUCUGGGCAAUCCUGAAGAUCCAGUCAAAGGAGGGCCGCAAGAAAGCCUUCUCUACCUGCUCCUCCCACCUCUGUGUGGUUGGAUUCUACUUUGGCAUAGCCAUGAUGGUGUACUUGGCCCCUGACAGUAGCCACCGAGAGGAACAGAAGAAAAUCCUUUUCCUCUUUUACAGUCUAUUCAACCCAUUACUGAACCCUCUUGUCUACAGUAUACGGAAUGCUCAAGUGAAGGCUGCCUUCCACAGAGUAUUGCAGAAAAAGAGGACAGUGUGA